UGAGAAUAACUGCACCGUUCUAAAUUCCCCUUCUGGUCUUAACCUCAUGACAUGAUUACAUUGACACAAUCAUACAUUCAUUCUUCUUUCUUCUUUCUCUCUUUGUUCUUCAAUGGAACUCUAUUCUCUUCAGUGACUUCAAAUAAAAUCACUCUCAACGUACCACACACAAUCCUUCUCUUUCUCUCUUGAAGGUUCAGAACAGUACAGUUCUCGCUACCCCAAAUAGCAAUGCAGGUAACUGAGACGAGGACGGUUCAAGUCAAGCAGCUUUCAGAUCUAGCUGGUGAGAGAGAGAUUCAUGAGUUCUUCUCCUUUUCUGGAGAAAUUGAACAUAUUCAGAUCCUGAGUGAACAUGGGCAAUCAAAGACUGCGUUUGUGACAUUUAAAGAUCCCAAAGCACUUGAAAUUGCAUUAUUGUUAUCGGGAGCAACAAUAGUAGACCAGAUUGUAAGUAUAACUCCCGCUGAGAACUAUGUACCAAAUCGUGAGAUGCAGGAAGUAAGGGUGGUGGAAAAUGCUAUAAAUGUGGCUCCUUCUGAAAAUGUCUCAUUAAAUAUUGAGGAGGAGAAAAACAACCAUACCAAUGGAAAAAUGUACCUUAGUAGAGCACAAGAUGUGGUUACAAGUAUGCUGGCAAAAGGUUCAGCAAUAAGGCAAGAUGCUGUGAACAAAGCUAAAGCAUUUGAUGAAAAGCAUCAGUUGACUGCUAACGCUUCUGCAAAGGUCAUUUCAUUUGACAAGCGAGUUGGACUGACAGAGAAAUUGACAGUUGGCAUUUCUGUAGUGAAUCAGAAAGUGAAGAAUGUGGAUCAGAGGCUUCAUGUUUCUGAUAAAACAAUGGCAGCAAUAUUUGCAGCUGAGAGGAAGUUGAAUGAUACUGGAUCAGCUGUCAAAACUAGCAGAUACGUGACUGCCGGAACAGCAUGGUUAAAUGGUGCUUUUAGCAAGGUGGCAAAGGCUGGACAUGUUGCUAGUACUAAAACUAGAGAAAAAUUCCAUACGGCUGUUUCAAACUUGACGGCAAAGGAACCUUCAGUAGCUGCAUAGGUCAAAAUUUUGGUAAUCAGAGUAACUUCAUCAGGUCUUUCAGAUCAUGUGUGUCAAGCAAAAUGGUCUUCAGAGCAUGCCCUGCUUUCUUCCUGUCCUCCAACAGUUAGAUGAAUGUGGCAAGUAUGGUGAUUCAAUUCAAUCCAAUUUUUGUAUUCUUUUGUCGCUGGCAUUUUAGUUGUUGCUUCUAUGUAAUCUAGCAUGGGUAAUUUUGGCUUCUUUUUUUUUUUUUCUCUUUUUAUGAAAAGGAAAUUAUAGGUGUGGUGCAACUUUAUUUCUUAUGUCAAAGUUCAAAAAAUUAGCUGUGCAUGUAAGACUUAACAUCUUGUUCUGUCAUCAAGGCUUCAUUCAAAAAUUUGUGAUAAGUUAUAAUCUUGCAGACUACAGAAUUUUAUUUCCUUGCCGAUGCAAUUGAUAAAAAUGGUAAAUAAUUAUGUUGCAUUGGCUCAGUUCGUUUAUCUGUGUUUCAAAUUUCAAAAGGUUACAUGGGUGAAAAAUAACAAGUUCAGUCCACAAUGUACUUUUGACCAUGCUCUAAACACAAUCAUUAGGACCCUCAUGCGAAAUAAUAGAUUAGUGCACUCCGCUUUUGACCAAUGUGAUGGCUAUCGUGUCGGGUAAUCAAAAGGGUACUAAACAUAAACAGACAAAAUUUUGAAUAAUAUAGUUUUAAAUUAUUAAUUUAUCUUUGAAUUUGUAUAGUCAUUAAUUGUUGUUUCACGUGCUUGCUGGGGCCCCUUUUUUCUUUUUGGUCAAUGGUCCUCUAUCAUUAUCUCUAAUAAAUUAUUUCUUUAAUUAAACGUCGCAUUUGGAUGCUCUAAAGUGUCUAUAUUCUGUAAAAUAAAAAUUCUUAAGCACUGUCUCUAAGAUUGACUGAGCAAAAUUAAUGUGAGGUUUUCUCCUACCUACCUAACAACUCAGCUCAAACUGAUGAGGACUGGUAUUCUGUUUUGUUCGGAGUUCCAAAAUAAGAGAUGUUUUGUCAGCUUUUCUUCUCCCUUCCGUCCAUUCUUUUUCCUUACUCCUAAAAUCCUUCUCUUUCUGCCCUUUCUCUGUCUGUGCAAACUUUUCGAAUCUCUUAAAUAAAGUCUAAAGAUACAUGCACUGUAACCCUAAACCAUAAAUGUCCACAGUAUUUAUAUUAGGAUUUAGGGUGAGUCAAUUACCAACUCACAGGAUUAUCAAUAUUUAUAUUUAGAUUCAAAAGGAAGGACGAGGUCAUUAUAACAAGCACAAAGUAAAGAAAAUAAAGCAAAGUAAUAAAAAGGAGUAAAAUUUAAGAAUUUGAGAGUUAGAAGAUAGAAUCUUCCCAAAACCUCAUUUCAAGCUGUCAAAUUCUUUGAACUCAAGUUCUAACAUACAAUUAAAAAUCUAGUCAAAUUCACUAUAUUAGGCUAUUUUAAAUCCAUAAUAAUUAGCUCAUUUCUUUCACAUUAAGAAUCAUAAUUCAUUAGGUUUUUUUAAUUAGAAUAAACUAGAUUUAAGAGUUUAUAGGAUGACAUAAUCAUCAAUUGUUAUUUCUAGAAAAUCAACAACUAUGAUGAAUUACUCCAAGAUCCAAUCCACUAGUUAAUUUUUCAAUUAUUAAGUAAAUUUGACAUCAGUCAAUGGUUAAUCAAUCUAUAAAAACAUUAAAAAUAGAAGCAAACACUUAAUUGAAAGAAAUAAAGUUGAAUUAAAAUGUAAGAAUUUAAUAUACAAGAAGUUCAUAUAUUCAUCAUCCCCUAACCUAAAAACCUAAUUCCCCAUGAUAGAAGAAAAGAAAAUCAUAAGAAAAAGAGAAAAGAAAAAUCAUUAGGAUUUAAUAAGUCUGCAACUUAAUUCCUUAAAUUUGAAUAUCCACCGACCCUAAUGUUUGAUAGAUAGAAUGCUGGAGAAAAGAAUCAAAAUUCUCCACUCCAUGAAACUGGAAAAGUAAAAAAAAAAAAAACACUAAAAGUGGUGUUUCCAGUCUUGAUAACGCUGGAGGGACAAAGAUUGGCCUUUCUCCAAGAAUAAGUGUGCCUGACACUGAAACCACGUUAUUGCUACACACAACCAUAAUAUACUUUUGUAACAAUUUUCUUAGUUUCAAGUUCAGUUCUCUUGUCUAAAAUUGAACUUAAAAAAUUUUCAUUGUUCCCUGGAAGGACAAAAUAAUCUAGAGUUAAUACAAAUUAGACAAAAAUCUAUCGCAAAAGCACCAAAAGAAAUUUCAUUUGCAAUGAUAGAUGACAUCAAAUUUACUUAUUUUCCUGAAAAUUGUGCUCAUACAGGGUAAAAUAAUGCAAUUUAUUACCUUAAUUCACAUAGUUAUGUGUCAUGUUUAACACUUAUCAAUGUACUUCCGAUUCGAUGCGGUUCAGGAAUUAAAAGAUACAAAUCGUAGGGAAAUAUACGUUUUGUCCAAAAUUGCUGUCGGAAUCGCAUGAAUCACAAGAAUCAGUGUUGAAUUGUGACUUUUGUGGGCGGCACAUCACACAACUAUUGGGUCAGGUCAAUGUAAAUCGGUUCACUAAAAAUCUUUUUAAAAAAACCCUUUUAAAAAUUUUUUAUGCAAAAUUUGAGGUUUCGCUUAGUACUCCCUUGUGAGACCCACUGUUAUAUACUCAAAGAUUUAUGGUAGUUUCUUAAUCUUUUUGCUUGUUUGCUGUUUAGGGAGAAUGAAAGUAUAUCCAUAUAAGUUGUUAGCGAAAAAAUUGUAAGUAUUGUUCUCAUACUUGUUGGAAUAGAGUUGUAAUGAUGAUACAUCAUCUAUACGACUGUUUGAAGCUAUACAUAGCUGAUUUAUAUAGUUACUUUUUUCUAUAUAAGUGUGGCUUAUUUGAAAGUAUAUAUGAAUAAUUUAUGCGUUUACAACACUUUUUUUAUGUUUUUGUGGCUAUUGUAACUUGAAUCUUUGUAAUAUAUUUCAUUUUAUUAGUUAUACAAUGAAGUAUAAUUGUCAUAUAUGCGCAUCAACUUUAUCAGUUUUUUCAACAAUAUGUGCAUCAAUACAUGAAUUCGAGGCCUUACACAACAGCCAACAUGGAAAAUAAUAUUUCAGAUUUUAUGUUGUUGGACUUAGAAGAUGGACUGCGGGGCUCCUCAAAAUGCUUUUACUCCGUUGAAAGUGGAAGUAUCAACCGUGUGUAAUGUGUAUGCUAAUGAAUGGAUUCAACUGAUAGAAGGCAAAGUUAGCGACUAAAGAUAAUUUUCAAUGUGGUGAUAAAACGAUUGGAUUCAAAAUUGGAAUAAAAUAGUUCUAAAACAAUGUUAGGUUUUCCAUAAAAAAAAAAUUGUUAGUUUUACUUUAACUAUCUAUUGGCUUUUUCAUUUUUAUUCUUAUUUCUUCUUGUGUUCUUGAUUUAGUGUGCCCUCCAAUAAAUAUAUUGUCAUUACAUUCACAUUCUCUGUAUAAAAUGAUAAUAAACGCAUUGUAGUUGCAUAGUUUCUAAUAAAACAAGCAAUGAUGCAUGUGCACUUUAGUUUCAACCACAAGAUAAAGAUGGGUACUUGAAUAUAAAUUAAGAGUUAGACUCAUAUAUAUAAGAGUUUAUCUCAAAUUAGGUGAGGACUAAGUUUUCAAUUUUUUUUUAUUUCGUAAGAAAAUGAAAAGUUCAGUUGAGAAGGUGCCUUCCAAU